AUGACUGUACCUACACAAGACCGACCCAAUGAUGUUUACAGUUCUCCCUAUUUGGUUGACUACUAUAACAUCGUUGCACCAAACUCGCAAUCCGUUGAUGAUGCCUCUUUCUACUGGAAAGUUUACCAGGACUUGAAAGCUUUGCGAUCACCGACCCCAGAUGAACCUUUUGUCCUCAUGGAUGUUGGAACGGGUACAGGGCGUGUCCUUCAUGAUCUUGAGCGGAAUGCCGUCGAGGCCAACGCCGAUUUUUCCAACACCGAAGUCUUGGGUGUUGACAAUGCGCAACUUAUGCUCGACAAGGCGAAGAAAAUUACUACAGGGCCUCUGAAGGAGCAUGUUAGCUGGAUCAAUGGCUCUGCCCUUGAUCUGGAGGCUAUUAUGCGGGACAGAGUGCACUCGAAGAUUGAUCUUCUGGUCUUCUCCAUUGGGUCGAUCAGCCACUUGUCUGAGGACGGUCAGCCAGAGACAUUCCUCAAUCAAGUCUCCAAGGUUCUACGUCCUGUGACUGGAAGGGCCUAUGUUUCGAUCUACGAUGGCUCUCUCCUCGACAAGAAAAAGGAUAUCGCAUUCCAUCAGCCUGAGGUUGUCAAGGAGAUUCAAAGCAAAACCUUUCCUCACAUUGUGUACCGAGUAUCGAACCAUCGGGGUGAUUUGGAGGGUAAUUUCAAGUACAUCAAAUUUGAUAUGGAAGCUGUGAACAACGAGGAUCAAACAAUCUUGGAGAAGAAUUAUAUUUCCAUGAAGAUGCGCCAGUGGGAGGAGGACGAACUGGUUUCUCUUUCAUCCAAGACCGGAGCGACUUUUGUUGAAAGUAUCAGGGGUGCCCAUGAGACGUUCUAUGUCUUUAGUACAGCUGCAUAG